AUGAAAGUGGGAGUCCGCUCCGAGGGUUCUGAGCCAACGGCUUCUUUGCGAAGCCUCGUUGGAGAGAAGAUAGAGGGCCGGAACAGCGCCAUCUCCGCCGGCGUGCGCGGGGCCCUUUUCAUUGGGUCCUGCAUUUACUUCGACCACAGGAGACGGAGUGACCCCAACUUCAAGAACAGGCUGCGAGAACAAAGAAAGAAACAGAAGCUUGCCAAGGAGAGAGCUGGACUUUCCAAGUUACCUGACCUUAAAGAUGCUGAAGCCGUUCAGAAAUUCUUCCUUGAAGAAAUACAGCUUGGUGAAGAGUUACUACCUCAAGGUGAAUAUGAGAAGGGUGUGGACCAUUUGACAAAUGCAAUUGCUGUGUGUGGACAGCCACAGCAGUUACUGCAAGUGUUGCAGCAAACUCUUCCACCACCAGUGUUCCAGAGGCUUCUGACUAAGCUCCCAACAAUUAGUCAGAGAAUUGUAAGUGCUCAGAGCUUGGCUGAAGAUGAUGUGGAAUGAGAAACAAAUGUCAACAUAAUAAUCUCAAUUUAAAAAUAUUUUUAAAAUCUUAACUUGGAAGAUGAUCAGCUCUGGGGGAGUAAGGGCAAAUAAGCUUGUUAUGGACUGUCCCACACUGAAAUUU